ACCAACCUCACCCUAAUUUAUUUUUCUAUACUAUUCGGAAGUUCGUCCCCCAGUCGUAGCUUUUAUUUGAGACAGCACCCACCAAUUACUGGGAAAUAAUUGAAAGUGUAAAUAGUGAUAAAUUGUUCACUUGUGAAUUUUCAUUGGUGCUGGUUUUCUGGAAGUUAAACUCAUGUGCAUUUUGUGAAAUCUCUGGUAGUCUCUUCAUUAAAGAGGUAUAUUUAACCGGUUUUACGAUGGGUAGACAACGUCUUUGCACUCUGGCUAUAGUGCUUUCGGUUUUUUUGGUUAUUGCUGUCCUGGGGGAGGAGCACGUUCACGAUCAGGAUGCCAGUGACGACGAUAUUCAGAAGCCUGUUUAUAAGAGUCCCACUGUCUCGGGUUUUGCAUAUUUGGCCGAGCAUUUCGACGAUCGGGAGAGAUUCAGGACUGUCUGGGUGCAGUCUCAGACCAAGAAGGAGGAGAUCGAUGAGGAUAUCGCCAAAUACGAUGGUGUUUGGGCAGUGGAGGAGCCAACCAGAAGUGUUCAAGACGACGAUUUGGGCCUAGUGUUGAAGAGUAAAGCUCGACACGCAGCAAUUGCUGCCCUUCUCAACAAACCCUUCAAAUUUGAAGAGAAACCUCUAGUCGUCCAGUACGAGGUAAAUUUCCAGGAUGGUCAGGAGUGUGGAGGGGCUUAUCUGAAGCUCCUAACCCAGGAAGAAGCCUCACUGGACCUCACGAAAUUCCACGACAAGACCCCCUACACCAUUAUGUUUGGGCCUGACAAGUGUGGCGUAGAUCACAAACUCCAUUUCAUCUUUCGUCACAAAAAUCCCAUCAACGGCAGCAUCGAGGAAAAACACAGCAAAAAACCCAAGGAACGACUCGAGGAUUAUUUCAAGGACAAAGUUCCCCAUCUUUACACGCUGAUUGUUCGUCCAGACAAUUCAUUUCAAGUGAAGGUGGACGGAAAAAUUGUUAAUGAGGGAUCACUCCUCGAUGAUUUUACACCACCAGUCAAUCCACCACUGGAGAUCGAGGAUCCCAAUGAUAUCCAGCCUGAGGAUUGGGACGACAGGGAGAAAAUUCCUGAUCCCACUGCUGUCAAGCCAGAGGAUUGGGAUGAGGAUGCACCUGCCCAGAUUGUUGAUGAGGACGACCUCAUGCCGGAGGACUGGCUGGAGAAUGAACCAACAACUAUUCCCAAUCCGGACUCGGUUAAACCAGAUGACUGGGAUGUAGAGAUGGAUGGGGAGUGGGAACCCCCUCAGAUUCCCAAUCCCAAGUGCGAGGGCAUUUCUGGAUGUGGCCCCUAUAAACAGAAAUUGAAGAAGAACCCUAGGUAUAAAGGGAAGUGGCUCCCUGCUCUUAUUAACAAUCCUAAUUACAAAGGCAAGUGGAAGCCCAGGCUCAUUCACAAUCCCGAGUUCUUUAAUGAUCAACAUCCGUUCAGAAUGAUGCCCAUUGGUGCUAUUGGAUUUGAACUCUGGUCAAUGUCUCCUGACAUUCUGUUCGACAAUGUCAUAAUUACUGACGACGAAGACGUGGCUAAGCAGUGGGCUGACGAAACCUUCGAGAUCAGACGACAGAAAAUCGCGCAGGAAGGUGCGACAUUGUGGGGUCGAAUGAUGAAAUCCAUGAACCAUAGGCCCGGUUGGUGGGCAGUUUAUUUCAUCUACUGCGCUGUACCAAUUGUUAUUUACAUUUCAUACCUCUUCAGAAGAUCACGCGAGGAUUCAUCUGACGACGAGAAGGACCCCCUUGCUCCCAACGAGGAGCCCAAAUGCCCGAGUCCCGAGGGUAGCGCCAGCCCUGAGGACCAAGUGCCUCAUUUAUCUCGCCUUGAUGAACCUUCUAAUGAUAAUAAUGAAAAUGACGAAGAGACUGAUGAAAUCAUUGCGAGUGAAAAGGACGAGCAAGGAGCAAGCGGCGAUGGGCCCCGCCGGAGAAAGCCAAAUAAAGAAUGAAGAGUGAAAGAACAACUAGG